UCUGACAUUAACCUCUUUUCCAGUACCCUAGUAGUAUGUAUACGUAUAUAUUUUGUAACACGUUCACAGCAUUUUCCAUUUCCAAACAUUUCCUAAUGUCGACAGCACAAUUCACAAUCUUCACCAUCUUUGCUCUUUUAGCUGUUUCCUCUUUAACGGCGACAGCCCAAACUCCGUUUGUGGUGGCCCACAAGAAGGCUUCUGUCCUAAAGCUCAAGUCCGGUCAAGAACGUGUCUUCGUUACAAUUGACGUUUAUAAUCAUGGAUCUCUUGCUAUAUAUGAUGUAAGUCUUACUGAUGAUAGCUGGUCUUCGGAAAUAUUUGAUUUCGUGGCUGGAAACACGUCCAAUUCAUGGGAAAAGCUUGAUGCUGGCUCUCAUGUUUCUCAAUCUUUUGAGUUGGAAUCCAAAGUGAAAACAACUUACUACAGUGCGCCUGCUGUCAUAACGUUUCGUAUUCCUACGAAAUCAAAACUACAGGAAGCAUAUUCUACCCCAAUUCCUGCACUAGAAACCUUGGCAGAAAAAACUGUUGCCUACAAAUUAGAUUUGGUAACUUAUUUCCUCCUAACACAAGCAUGAUAUAUGGUUUCCUUAUAAUUGUUACUUAGACAUUUCUUGCUGUUCUGACUAAACAUUGUUUCUGCUUUUACCAAUGGGGCUGUUUUGCACUGGCUGCUCACUCUCAGGCAAAGAAGCUAGUUGCACAAUAUGGAUCCCAUGUUUCUGUAGUUCUCCUCGUCGUGUUGUUUGUGCGAAUUAUAUCUGGUCCAUCAGCGAAAUCAAGUGCGAUGAAUGCAAAGAAAAGACACUGAUCGUCCAUCAGUUGUAGCAAAGUUCUUUACAAAGGCACAGCUCGAUACAGAAUUUGGUUCAUCUCAGUGUGGAAACACACCUCCACUGAAAAGAGUACAAACCGUGUAACUGCAUCUGUAUGAACUGAAAAAUGUAUUGGAUGACUCCACUUGGGCUA